AUUCAAACCAAACGUUUAGUUCUAUCUCAAACCUCAAAGACCAAAUUCUUAAAUCAUAUCCUGCGCUCAGUACUCCCUUCUUCUCACCUCAGCUUUCCCUGCGUCUCGCCCAUCGCCGGUGGUUCUCGCUAGUCGCCGCUGGGUCUUUCCCGUCGCCAGUGGUACUCCAGCAAGGUCUCGGGUUUUUGUGGGAUUUUAAUUUGGAAUUAAGUUAGAAAUUAGGGAUUGUGAAUUAGAAUUUGGGGAUUUGGGAGUUAGGGCUUUUCGUAUCGGCGGCAGAGCACCAUCGGAACCACUCCACAUCAGCGGCGUGAGUGACCGACGACAGCCCGCAGUGGUGGUCGACGGAGCAAGCUAGGUUGAUUUGAUUCAGGGGAUUGGAAGAUAACCAACUUGGAGGUCCUCUGCCCAAGAGCCUUGGGAAUUUGAUUAACUUGAGAACCUUAGUACUUGCUGCAAGCGUUCUUCUGGCUAUAAUAUGGGCAAAUUCUAGAUCACUUCUUUUAGCAGUUGGUCAAGAUGAUCAAAUUGCAGCUCAAGCCGGACACGAUGCUUAAUUCGUGAUCCCUGGUCUCUUUGCGGUCUUCUUUACUCACUUCAGAGAUUCUUACAAACCCAGAACAUCAUUUUCCCUAUGAUGAUAACUGCAGGGAUCACUACACUACUGCAUUUGCCAGUUUGCUGGACUUUGGUCUUCAAAUGUGGUCUUGGAAACCGAGGAGCUGCCCUUGCAACUGGUGUAUCUUAUUGGAUUAAUGUAAUAUUGUUAGCACUUUAUGUUAAGUUUUCUUCUUCGUGCUAAAAAACUUGGACAAGUUUUUCUACUAAAGCUCUGCAUGAUUUACCUACAGUCGUCAGACUCAGUAUUCCCCCUGCUUGUAUGGUAUGUCUCAACACAGCUGCACUUGUGUGGAUGAUCCCCUUUGCUCUUAGUGGUGCUGUCAGUGAGGCUUAGCAUUAAGUCCUUCAGAGUACCAGAGAUUUUCAUUGAGGUUCCGAAUAGUACAACUGUUGGUUCACUCAAGGGCGUGCCAGAAGAAAGCUCACUGGGACAGUGAGCUUGCAGAUCUACUCAAAGAACUUUUAGAUUUAGAUUUUUCUUCCAGCUGGACUCCCAGACAUGGUUCAGCUCUCACUGUCUCAUCCAUUCUUCGGCACUGCCCAUCGGGAGUUUGUGUAUCAUCUUGGUCACCAUCCAUUAUAUCUAUGCUGAAAGACAAGUUAAAAGAGGAAAAGUUCCCAGUUCGUGAAAGUUUUACCAAAGCACUAGGAAGAUAUAUGAUUUAUCAAAUUCAAAGUGAUCCAUCGAGUAGUUCCUUGCAUGCUCAAACUGUGUCCUCCAUAGUUUCUGCGCUGCAAGAUGAAUCCAGUGAAGUUAGACGGAGGGCAUUAUCUGCCCUGAAGGCUGCUGCAAAGGAAAAUCCUACUACCAUUAUGGCCCAUGUGUCGAUUUUUGGUCCUGUGUUGGCAGAACGUCUGAAGGAUGGAAGUACACCAGUGAAGCUUGCUGCAGAACGGUGCGCGGUGCAUGCUUUCCAAUUGACCAAAGGUCUAUACUCCGAGGAAUGCGCCUUAUGCUAGUGAGGAAGUUGAUGUGGUUCAUGAUCAAUGGGAUAAGUUUUUUACCAGCAAGUAUUUAUUAUUAGCCUGCAGCGUACCAUUAAUUUGAAUGUAAUUGGUCUAAUGCACCAAAAAAUUGUUUUUCAAUUCAAAUAUGGUAUGCGUACCAUCAAAUAGUUGUAAUUAGUUUAAUUAUAGCUUAUCCUGUUUGAAGAAAAUGGCGCCUCCCACGGUGAAAUUCAAGACUAAGUUUCCAACCAUUUUCAAGACGGACUUUGAAGUUGAAGCUUCAAGAUGAAGUCGGGUCAUACUAGAUCACAUUUAUCUUAUGCGUUUUUUAAGUUAUUUAUUGCUCUUAAAUAUGUCUUAAUUAUGCA